GCUGUAUCCCAUGACAACAUACACAGGGCUGCUUCGAAAUUUUGAGCUUACAAAAUUUUCUACCUCCGUACAGUGUAUACGUGGCUUAAAUUUUGUCCGACUAUUUACACUGGUCGUGUGUAGUUACCUAUUGAUUUCGUGAAUACUGCUUGUUUUUUUGUACACACAAUGUCUCAUUCCCCCCAUGAUGUGCCUUUGGGUAUAAAAAUAAUCCGAAAAUUCGGAAGUUGUUUUUGCCCAAAUUUUAGAGGAUCAAGAACAUUCAUAUAUCGGACAUCAAUAUUAGUGCUAACAUUCUUCACCUACACUGCAUAUCACAUGUCAAGAAAGCCAAUCAGUGUUGUGAAGAACGUCCUGAGUCAAAACUGUACCGGUUUGAUACCUCCACCUGGAACAUUUAUUGAUGAAAACAACAAAGACUCUUGGUGUGAUUGGGCUCCAUUUGAUGGAAAAAAUUCACAGACUUUGCUUGGUACACUGGAUUCAGCCUUUCUUUUUGCGUACGCAGCCGGCAUGUUUCUUAGUGGAUUUGUUGCUGAGCGAGUAAAUUUACGCUAUUUCCUGGCGUUGGGCAUGCUCACGUCAGGUUUUUUCACCUACCUAUUUGGCGUAUCUUACUCGCAAGGUAUCCACUCGUUACCUUACUUCUUCAUAGUCCAGACGAUAGCUGGCUUUGCCCAAUCCACUGGAUGGCCCGGUGUAGUGACCGCAGUCGGUAAUUGGUUUGGCAAAGGAAAAAGAGGUUUGAUUUUCGGCAUCUGGAAUUCACAUACUUCGGUGGGGAACAUCUUGGGAUCGCUGAUUGCUGGUCACUUUGUCGAAAGCAAUUGGGGAAUGUCGUUUAUUAUACCCGGUGCUAUUAUCGGCUUUAUGGGUUUCAUUAUCUUCCUAUUUUUGGUAACUGACCCACGCUCAGUCGGAUGCAAUCCCCCUGACCACCACGGAAGUCGAGAUGAAACGAUUAGAGCUGGCUAUUCGAGCAUCGAGGAUGACAGUAUCAGCCCUGGUCGUAACCGGAAUAUGCGUCUCUAUGCCAACGGCUCAACUAGCUCGUCUGCUAGUUCGUCUAUCACCAUUGACCCCGAACGGGAAUCGUUGUUGACUCCGACCGACAACAGCGUGGAUUCCAUGGAAGUUGGUACUCCUGAUAAAGUGCCUUCUGAAAUCACCAUUUCAAGCACUGAUAUCCUGGCAAAGCCGCCGGUCAGCCUGAACAAUCCUGACUUCCACCGGAGGGAGAAAGCUAUUGGAUUUAUUCAGGCCCUUCGCAUUCCGGGCGUGAUUGAAUUCUCCUUGUGCCUUUUCUUCGCGAAGCUCAUCAACUAUACCUUUCUAUUUUGGUUGCCACGUUAUAUCAACGCAUCCACAUCAUUUGACGCAUCCGAAAGCGCAGAUUUAUCGACACUCUUCGACGUGGGUGGCAUUGUGGGUGGUAUAAUCGCCGGUGUAUUGAGCGACGUUACUGGCAUGAGUGCUGUAACAUGUGCCGUUAUGUUGGUCGUUGCAAUUCCCAUGCUCUUCGUCUACCAAACGUUUGGCACAAUAAGUCUUGUCUCCAAUAUCCUUCUUCUCAUGUCUGUCGGCUUGCUCGUAAACGGACCUUAUGCCCUUAUCACGACGGCAGUUUCAACCGAGUUGGGCACCCAUCAGUCGCUUCGAGGCUCUGCCCGUGCCCUAGCCACCGUUACUGCCAUUAUUGACGGCACUGGGUCUAUUGGAGCGGCAGUUGGUCCCCUAAUUGCUGGAACCGUUUCUGACUAUGGUUGGGACAAUGUCUUUUACAUGUUAAUGGUUGCAGAUGUCAUCGCGCUCGUCUUACUUUCUCGUCUGGUGAAACACGAGAUUGAACGUUUCCGCGAAAGGCGACGUGAGAUGCGUUUCAAAAGAGAGCGUAUGGCCUAAACUGUUGUAGCCUAACGGCAGACGAACAGGGGAGUCCUCCUCGACACUACUUGACGUUUUGCCCGUUUUUUCAUCCUUUAUUUUAUAUUAAAAAAAGAAAGUUCAUGAAUGGCUUACCAUCUUUACGGAGAAAACUUAAAAAAAAAAAAUCAUGUUUGUUCGCUAAGUGAACUUUUCAGUGGAUCGGCUUGUUGAUCAGCUUAUUUCCCUUUCACGCUCGGUCUGCCUUUCUGCUGUCUUUAUUUGUUUCCCCCUUUUUAUGCAAAAAAAAAGAGUGCCCAACGAAACAUCUUUGUCAUUCCCUUGUCCAUUGUGGAUUUGCAUUCCAAGUGCACGGUGACAACUGGUGGGAACUACGCAGACAAGUCUUUCUUCCUUCAAUUCAGUUCACAAUUAUAUAUAAUUAUUAUCAUUAAAUCCCGAAUCCCCACCCUCCGUUUGUGCACGUUGUACAGAGCACAAGUUGUCAGGUGUUACCCCUUUUUCCCAGAUCACUCUUUUUUGUUGAUUGAAAAAAACCGAGAAGUUCCCUCGUGAGUUAAUAUAGAUCGAUUCACCGUUAUCUUAAUAACCCCUGAAAAAAAAUUAAGGCAGAAUUUUUCUUUUUUUUUCUUUUCUUUUCUUUUUUAAACACCCCUUAAUAUUUUUCUGCCUUACUUUCUUCUUGUAACUUGCCCGUGUGUCUGGUAGUGAAUGUGUGCCAACAUCGACGUAAAAUGUGUGUGGUGGGCAAGGCGAGAGGAAAGAAAAUGUGCUUUCAAAAAGAAAAACAAAACAAAGCGUGAUGGCCAUUCCGCCAAACAUGUCUCCCAACGACCCGACUGAUGAAAUCUAUUGAUGGUAUCUAAAUAAAAAAAAUUAUAUUAAA